AUGAUUCGAGACACGCCUACGAUCCGGCAUGAGGACCUUUAUCCACAAGAUCCACAGUGCUCAUAUCUCAAGCAUUUUCAUCCUCAGGACGAAAACGCCUGGGCAAGGGCGGACGUGAUCUUUGUCGCUGGACUGGGAGGUAAUUUUAUCGGAACGUGGGAAGCCGAGGACAAGACAGUCUGGCCUCGAGACCUCCUACCCAAUCAUGUCAAAGGCAUCCGGAUCCGCUCCUUUGCUUACAAUACGACUCUGUUCGGCACGACUGGCGAGCUCGGACUCAGGAACCAUGCGAACGAGCUAGUAUGGAAAAUCUUGGAGGAGAGGGAGGAUGACGAGGCCGCAAUGCUGAGGCCCUUGGUGUUUGUGGGCCAUAGCCUGGGCGGCUUGUUGAUCAAAAGGGCUCUCAAGGAAGCAUACGACAAGCCUAGACUUCGACCUAUAUGGGAGGCCAGUCGAGGCAUCAUGUUCUUCGCAUCCCCUCAGUACGAUAUGGACAGCCUCGUGUGGCCCACAUUUUCGGACCGCGUGCUGCGCUCAGUUGCGCCGAGACACAAAGAAGGACAGGUCCCAACACAGCGGAUGCUGGAGGAGCUGGCGAAAAACAGGCCCUGCAUGAUGAAUAUAGGCACGGACUUCAAGCCCCUCCAGCCGCAGUUAUCUUAUGCGACGCUCUUGGAGGGGGAUAACAUAGACGGGUACGACAUGGUGCUCGUCAGUCCGGCCCAUGGACUGAUCCACGACCCACUGAAAGAGCGCCAUAGCAUGAUGUCGGGCGACCACCUAGCGCUCUGCAAGUUUGCCAAGGAGGAAGGGGAGGAGGCCUCGUUCGGAAUCGUGUCAGAGUACAUCGAGUGGCUUCUCGCCCAGACGCCUAAAGAGAUCGACACACUCAAGCAUUCAGAGAGAAGAGCUCUGUUCUCUCUCUGCGCCGAAGAGUUCCACCUCUCCUUCCUCGACCGGGAGGCCACCCCGAACACCUGCGCCUGGAUUGUCGACACCACCGAGUUCAAAGACUGGCUCCAUGACACGUCGUCCAAGAAGCACAAGCUGUGGAUCAAUGGUCCCCCGGGCUGCGGGAAGAGUUAUCUGGCGAGGCACAUCAUCGUGAACAAGGUCAUCGACCGCGAGUCGCACGAGGUCAUCCACUGCUUCCUCGGCCGGUCCGCGCCUGGACACAGCACGCUAGGGGCGCUGCUGCGAUCGACGCUCCACCAGGCCCUGCGGGCUGCCCCCCGCCUUGUCGGCAAGUUCCUGCUGCCGAUGUUUGAGGAGGGGCAGAGGCGGAAUCCCAGCGACCAAAACGUCUGGUCGGAGGGAUUUCUUGUGGGCAUGUGGGCCGACGCCAUGGCCGAGGUGACAGCCCUCCGUCCUUUGGCGUUUGUGAUUGACGGGCUCGACGAGAUGGACGAGCAGUGUCGAACCGGAUUCCUCGCCCGCCUGCGCGAGCUGGAGGCAAAAUCCCGGUCCCUGGCGACAAAGUCCGGGUCCGCAGAACCCAAGUUCAAGCUCCUCCUCCUCUCCCGUGAAGACCCACAGCUGGAGGUGGAGUUGAGCUCGCUUGGUUUUGUGAGCCGCAGGGUCACGCCCGAAGACACCAAGGAGGACGUGGAGCGCACCGUCGCGGCGGGCCUCGCCACCUUCUGGAAAAUCUUUUGGGUAACCACCUGCGAGAACCUCAGCGGCGCCGACCGGAUGGAGAUAUACGAUAUCAUCAUCCGGCAGUCCGGGGACACGUACCUCUGCGCCGCUCUCGUCGUUCAAUACCUAUGCCGCAUCCGCAUGAAGAGCAAGGCUGAUCUCAAGCGCAAGAUCAAGGAACUCCCGCGCGACAUUGGGGGACUCUACGGAAAGAUGGUGGAGCAGCUCUUCUCGAGGACGAGAUUUGUGCCGUUCGCCAAGCAGGCCCUGUCGUGGGCCAUGUUCCAGAGGCGGCGGCUCAAGACGGCAGAGUUCAACGUCGCGCAGGCCUUGGGCCUGGCCCUGGACAAGCACAAGGGGCCGAAUGUUCCCACCCACGAGGAGCUACAAGAAUUCCUCGAAGACAGCAUCGAGAUCAAGCAGGAUCAUUGCUGUGGGCACCUCGUCAAGUUCCAGGGGGGACGGAUGGAGUGGGCCCACGGGAGUCUCCUGCUGUACCUGCUGGAGCAGGGAGGCGAGGGAUCUAUCCUUGCCGGCCGCGGCAUCGACAAGCACGCUUCCCAUGCGGCCAUGGCGCAGGCCUGCAUCACGUACCUCAACAUGGAGUACUUUGCCGAUUCGGGCGCGCCGCGGGAGCCCGGCAGGAUGGACCUAUGGGAGGCCAAGGUUCGGAGGCUGGUGAAGAAGCACCCCUUCGUCCGGUACGCGGCCCUCAACUGGCGCAGCCACCUCGAAGACGCCGGCGCCGCCGCGUGGCGGGCCCACAGCGGCACCCCCGAGUCCCACGCCCGCUCCGUGCGGUGGAGGGAGCAGCUCCUGAGCGGCGACAGCGAGCACGCCAAGUCCUGGUCCGAGGUCUGGUGGUUCUUCACACGGGGUCCUUCGGAGGAUUAUCCGGACAGGUGCCUGACGGCACUGGCUGCUGCCCACAGGAAGGCCGCUCCGGAUCUCGACAUGCCCUGGACGGCAUCGCCGGGAGAAACGGAGUUGGAGGCGCAGGAGGAGGCGCUCGAUUCCAGGGACGCGACGCCGAGCCCCCAAGCCAUAUCGCCGAGCUCAGACGACGAUUCACUGCUUCCCGAACCGGGCCUGCUGCUCUCCAAAGUCAUGUCAUCGGGGUCCGGAACAACGUCGUCGGGCUCCGAAGAUGGCUCGACGCUGUUCAAAGUCACGUCACCAGAUCCUGAAGCCAUGUCACUGAGCUCCAAAUCCGGCUCGCUGCUCACCAAAGCCACGUCGCGGGGCUCCGGAAAGACGGUGCCGGGCUCGGAGGCCGCUGCGACAUUGUCCAAAAUUGCGACGUUAAAUCCAGAAAGUAUGCCGCCAAGCUCGACAUCGGCCUGGCCGUCUUCCAAAAUGGCAUCGUCGAGCUCCGGAACUACGGCGCCAGGCGCUAAAGCGGCCUCGAUUGCCCACAAAAUUCCGUCGAUACGUCCAAAAGCUAUACCACCAAGCUCCGGGUCCGCGUGGCCAUCCUCGAAAGUCACGUCGCCAGACCCAGAGGCCACAUCGCCGAGCCCUGUAGACAUGUCGCCAAUAUCCGAACUGCCUUCAUCGACAACCAGGGGAAUCUCGGCCCAUUUGCAUAUUCCUUUGCCAGCCUUGGGGACGCCUCCGCAGGCCGCGGCGGCCGACCGGGACCUAGGCGCCCAUUACCUCUGUAAUAACACGCGGACCCAUCACACUCAUUCGCAGGGCAUCGACCGGGAGGGUACAGACACGCAUACUACCACCCAGCUGCAGGGCAGAGACAGCCACACUGUAACCCAAACAAACUCAAACCUCCACACCAACACGAAAAAGAAUGGAUGGCGGCAGAGGGUGAAAAAAGCCCUAAAAGGCGUUGGGCAGGCGGGGAAGCUUCUAGUGAACGAGGCUUUAGUCGUAGGGCCACAGGAUCGGAAAGAGUCGGAGGAAAUCCGCCAGGAGAUAACGGUAACUAGGUAUUGAAUUGUCGGGCCGACGACGGCGGGUCAGGAUUCGAGGAAGGCGGAAAAAAAUGCGGCGCGACAGGGCCGCCUAGGACUUGCCACCUCUUACAGCUUUCAAGGGGGGCGCAGACAUGGUGAGGCCCGCCGUGAUGAUGGGCUUCGUCGCCGGUGGAUCCUCCGCCGACCUGAGGGGCGAGGGUGGCGGGAGCUUCCGGCGAAGAGGUAGUAAAAAGUCACGGGGACGGAGGGCACCUCCAGAGAGGAAGUCCGAGGACAGAGGAAAUUGUAUAAAACCAGGCAAGUCACUUUUGCAGUCACAAGCCUGGCCCGCACCUGGCACGCACCUGGCUGGACGCGAGGCCAUGUUCAGGCACCCCUGGUGGGUGCUCUGCCUUGCUCGUAACUUUGAACGAAAUGUAUUGCAUGUUUCUUCCGUU